CUUUUCCUGAUGUUUUCCGAAAGAAAUUGAAAAAAGAAUAAAACAAAAAAGAAAUUUGAGAGAGAGAGUCAGUAGGGCCGGUCUAAACUGGACAAACUCUCCAACGUCAAUGAAAUGAAAUUCUUUUCCCCCCGAACUUAACAAACGUCUUUAAUUCCGUUAGGUUUUUUUCUCUCUGUGUGUGUGUUGGUUAGUUGGGGGGCGACUCUCCGUUAAGUUUAAUUUUCCCUUGGGAAAUUUAUUUGGCCAAACAAAACAAUAACAGGCCUCCUCCUUCUUCCCCAAAGUCCCUGCCCAAAUAAAACUAUAACAAAACUGUCGCCGCCUGUCGGUCUGGAACGACGGAGGCCCCUGGCGUCCGUUAACGGCUCUCGGCCGCGCCGUCCGCGUUUACGUUUCUCGCCGUCGCGACCGAAGCGACACGACGCGGUUAGACCGGACGCGCGCGGAUGAAAGUAGGUGAAGGAGGGAGGGGUAGGGGGCCGACUCUCAAUGUCAUCACCCCCCAUCUCCUCCCUCCGUCUCUCUCUCUCUGGCUCGUUCGCUGUGAACGCGGGCGCUCCAUCAGUUUGCGAUCCGUCGCUCAAGAUGGCGGCCAGCGGUGGUACCGGGUCCGGCGGUACCUCGACCACCAACUUUCCGGACGAGCUCAUCAUCCGUCACGUUCGCGACCAUUCGUGCCUCUACGAUCCGCGUGAAACCGAAUACAAAGACGCUGAUCGAAAGGCCGCCGUUUGGAGAGAAAUCGCAAACAACGUCGGCAUGUCCGCCAUCGAGUGCGAGCACCGCUGGCGCUACUUGCGGGACCGGUACACGCGGGAGCGCAAGCGCAAGUCGCAGCAGACCAACGGCUGCAAAUCGGGAGGCGGAGGCAACUGGCCGUUGGCUUCUCAAAUGCAUUUCAUCCAGGAUUUUAUCAAACACCGCAGUUUCAAAUUCAAGGCUCGCGGGGGCGGCGGUGGCGGCAGCAGCGGCGGCCAGCAGGAAGCGACGUCUGAUGGUACAAACACGCCACGAGGUGCCCGCCAACAACACGUCAAGUCUGAAGGUGAUAAUAAUCAUACGUCGUCGGAUGAAACUGACGGGCCAGUUUCGCCGGGAUUCGAUCAGCAAAGUGCCGCAGCGGCCGAAUGCUACCCCAUGGUCAUUAUCGAGGAAACAGACGGGCACCAUCACAUAGGUCCACCUCGCUCAGGCACACCUUCAGAUUACCUACGAGGAGGAGGAGGUGGAGCGGUUGAUCACCACCACCAUCACCACCGGUCGUCAGCGUUCAAUAACGGCGGGAGCACAAGCCCUCGGAUGACGUACAACGAAGAUGAACUCUUCUGUCUCUCAGUGGCGCAGACACUGCGACGUCUGCCGCUAAUGCGCCGAUCUUUGGCCAAAGUUCAAAUCCUUCAACUGAUACACGAUAUGGAAUUCGGGAGUCAUUCCUAAACUGAAACACACAUUUUCGGUGGGGGCAAAAGAUUGAACGCCACUUGAAAAAAAAACUAUUCCCCCCUCCUCGUCUCCUGUUCUUCUCUUUACUUUAUGAAUACAUGUUUACAUCUCAA